AUGUUGCUCGAAUUGCGGCAGCUAAAUAAGUACCUGCCGACGAUCCAGGUCGACGAGGAGCACCCAGGCUUCCUUUUCGACUGGCAAGUGGACAACGUGACCGCGUUUGUGGCUGCCGCGAAUAGCUUGGACCCGGCUCAAGCGCCUCAGUGGCUGCGGACUCGACCACCGCUAAUGACCUGCAGCUCGUUUAUCAACGAUCUGGUCGCUGUACUCGAGCCUCUGGCAGGAGGUCGCUGUGGACACAGUAGUGUUUUCCUACAGGAUGCCGCGCAACUGGCGCUACCGGUGGCUAACGACGUCGAAAAGCAUCUCGUCGAGGCGCAUUAUCUCGUCGAGACAAGAGCGCAGCGAUAUCAAGCAAAUCACCUCCCGCCAGAUCACGUGGAUGGACAACACCCACUGCGUCGGAUUUUCAUCUGA